AUGGUUGAUACAGUGACAACAACAAUGGGCAAUGAUAAUGAUGAUUGGGAAGUUGCUGUUGAUACAGGAGAAUUUGAUAAACGACUUCAACAACAAGAACAAGAUCGUGCAGCUAAGCAAGAAUCUAUAUCAUCCAUUGUUAAUAAUGAUGAUAAUCGAAAUUCUUCGAAUAAUAAUUUAAUGAAUUCAAAUAAACCAAUUCGAAUUCUUAAACGACCAACCAGUCAAAUACAAUUACCUAUUUCUAAUGAUAUAAUUAAUUCUAAUACAACAUCAACAACAACGACAAUUCAAUCAAAUAAUAUUUCUACUAAUAAUAAUAAUAAUAAUUUGCCUUUUUCUAAUAAUAUUUCUUCAUCAACAACAGUGCCUAUUAUAUCAAUCAUUCCAAGAAAUCCAAUUAAAGAUUCAAUAAAUUCUUCACAGACAAUAAAUUCAUCUAAUUCUUUAUCUUCACAAUCAACAAAACCUCCGAUUAAAACUUAUGAACAACGAGAACUUGAAUAUAGAUUAGCACGAUUACGAAUUAUGGGUGAAGAAGAAAGUUCAACUAAAGAUGAUGAUGAUGAUAAUAAUAAUAAUAAUUCAAUUAUUGAUUCUACUACAAUAACAUCAGAUGAACCAACUAAAACCACAUCUUCAUCUACUACAAGUCUUACAUCCAAUAAAACUUCAAGUUCAUCAUUUCAAAGUCAUUCAACACCAGGUAGUUAUGCUUCAAAUCUAUACAAUUUAAAUAAUAUAUCAUCAUCAAAUACUGGAACAAUUCAUUUUAAUCCAAAUACAAAUAGUACAGGACCUUUUUCUCAACAACAACAAUCAUAUCGUGGUGCUUAUUCAACAUUAUAUCCUCAAAUGCCAUUAGCAUCAUCAUCAGUACGUUAUCCAAAUGGUACAUUUUAUAUGCCGCCAUCAUCAUCAUCAUCAUCAAAUUAUCCUAUUCAAUCGUCAUUAAAUCCUUGGUAUCAUUAUCAACAACAACAACAAAAUCCUUAUGGAACACAACAGUAUGGUCAUCCACAAUAG